CACCCGCCGACCUCCAGGACCCCAGCCCUCGGUAGACCGGCAGAGGAGACGGCCGCUGCGGAGCAGCGCUCGUCCCGCCGCCGCUGCCGCCGCCGGGCACGCAGCGAUGCGCAGAGGGGCCGCACCGCACCAUGAAGCUCCGCAGCAAGGCGGCGGCGCUGCUCCUGCUCGCGCUGGCCGCGCUGCUGCUGGCGCUGCUGUCCCUGCGCGCCGGCCGCGCCGAGCCCCCCGCGCCGCCCGGGCGCCCCGUGUCGGCCCCGCAGCGCCACCCUGCGCCGCUUCCCGCGCGCCCGCAGGGGUCCCGCGCCCUACCGGGGGCCCGCCCGCGUGCUCCGAGGCGCCGGCCCCCGCGUCCGCGCCCCCGAGCCGGCCGCCGGGGCGCCGCGAGCCUGGAGAAGUUGGCGAGAAGGCCUGGAGAACCCAGGAGUUUCCAUGUUGUUCUGCCGCCUGAGCUCUGGAUCCACCUGGCUGUGGUGGCCUGUGGCAAUCGGCUGGAGGAGACGCUGGUCAUGCUCAAAUCAGCUGUGCUUUUUAGCCACCGGAAGAUCCAGUUUCACAUCUUUACUGAGGACUCUCUGAAGCCUGAGUUUGAUAAGCAGUUACGACAGUGGCCUGACUCAUACACAAAGAAGUUCGAGCACAGAAUCUACCCCAUCACAUUUUCUGUUGGAAACCCUCAGGAAUGGAAGAAAUUAUUCAAACCCUGUGCUGCUCAGAGACUCUUUCUUCCGGUGAUCUUGAAGGACGUGGACUCUCUGCUCUAUGUGGACACUGACGUUCUCUUUCUGAGACCCGUCGAUGAUAUCUGGAAGCUUCUGAGGCAGUUUAAUUCCACCCAGCUUGCAGCCAUGGCCCCAGAGCAUGAAAUCCCCAAGAUCGGCUGGUAUAGCCGCUUUGCUCGCCACCCUUUUUACGGCUCUGCGGGAGUUAAUUCAGGGGUCAUGCUGAUGAACUUAACUCGGAUAAGAAGUGCCCAGUUCAAGAACAGCAUGACCCCGACAGGCUUGGCUUGGGAGGACAUGCUGUACCCUCUGUACCAGACAUACAAGAAUGCCAUCACGUGGGGAGACCAGGACUUGCUAAACAUUAUUUUUUAUUUCAACCCAGAGCGUCUCUACGUGUUCCCCUGCCAGUGGAACUACCGGCCCGACCACUGCAUGUACGGGAGCAACUGCAAAGAGGCGGAGCGAGAGGGCGUGUCGGUGCUGCACGGGAACCGUGGUGUCUACCAUGACGACAAGCAACCCACCUUCAGGGCACUCUACGAGGCCAUGCGGGACUUUCCCUUUCAGGACAAUCUCUUUCAGUCCAUGUAUUACCCUCUCCAGCUGAAGUUUCUGGAGACUGUGCACACUCUGUGUGGACGAAUCCCUCAAGUCUUCCUGAAGCAAAUCGAGAAAACCAUGAGAAGGGCUUAUGAGAAGCACGUCAUCAUCCACGUGGGCCCUGACCAUAUGCACUGAAUAUCUCCUCGUGUUCCAGGUUGUCAGCAUCUGUGGCCAAAGAAGUGCCCAUCUUCACGUUGCCGGGAUCUUUUUCGUGUGAAUAUUUUUAAUGGUGCUUCAUGACUGUUGAGUUUUUAAAAGCCUUGUUACAUUUUGCUAAAUUAGUUGCCCCUGAAAGGGAACAUGCUUUUAAUUUUUUCUAAAAUCCUAGUUAUCUCUUUAAAAACAAAAACCUUAUCACCAUGCGUUUAACAGUGUUCCAGCAGGUCCCCUGACUGUGAAGAGGAACUUUUGAGAGACCUCCAAUUCCUGGCAAGUGUGGGAGGCCACUUCAGUGGCAUCUGGGUGUUAUGUUCAUCUAACAGUCUCAAGCCUCUUUCUAUGCAGUUGCCUCCUUCACCCCUUGUUAAAAUAGUAAUCUUUACUUGUGAGGCAAACAAACACACUUUGGAGCAUAGGUCAAGGGGCCAAAGUCAAGAUCAGGUUAGUCAUCCUACCAACCAGUGGAGAAGAUGGCGGCGAUUUUAAUGUGUCUCCUUCCAGUCCUCCCACCACCCCACAUUUUUUAAACUUUUUUUUUUUAUUUCCUAUGUCUAUGUUUUCCAUUAUAACACAUGUUUAAAACAGUAAUCUCAAUAACAGUGACCCCUAUGCUGAGAUUUGUAUGUAGGAGACUAAAAAGUUGGACAAGAUGAUUUUGUUUAUAGCACUUUACUUAAAUGUAUCUGGAAGAAGCAUUCGGAUUUCGACUAGCUGGGCAGUGUUAAAGGAUGGGGCAUAUACCUGAGGGUGUUUCUCAAGGAAACUGCUUGCAUUUGUGGAGGGCUAAAUCAUGAGAAAUGUCUAUGCAACAAUAAUUUCUGGAAAUUCAGUAAUUGUACUGAACCCAAUGAACUUCUUCAGCAAAGUGAUGUGACUUUGUGUUUAUGCAGAGAUAAAGACAUUGGAUGUCUUCAGCCAUCAGUAAGUGUGGGCACCUCUCUCCUACUACUCUUGGGCAGUGGUGGAACUCUGUACCAACUUCAGAUUUAAUGUGUUCAAUGUAAACAUUUCCAUUGACAAGAAAAUUUACCUCCCUACCAGCCUCAGAAAAUCUCUUAAAAAAAUUUUUUUUUCCUUUUUUCUUCUGGGGUUACCCAGCUGUAAGCCAAGGAAACUUCAGGUCUUAUCACCUAGCUACAGUACUGGAAAUUCUAUUCUCUUCCCCAAAGGAAACUGACUUCUCCCCAGUUUUUCUUAUGUUGGUAUCAGCAGUGGAACAAUUUGCAUGAUAUUUCUUUAUUGCGAAUGGCUUUUACGUAAAUGACAUCUUUAAAGUUUCCUACAACCUAGUCAACUUUGUAGGGACCUACAUCAUCUCCAUUAGGUAAAUAAGAAAAUUGUGAUACAAAGAAAUGAAUGUACCAAAUAAAAUUCCUUUUCUAUAAGACACACGGGUCUGCAUAAGACGCAUCAAUUUCACAGAAACAUUUUUGGAAACAGAAAUAUUGAAUACCUUUCAUAUAUAGAAAGCAAUAGGCAAGAAUAAAAUGGAAAGCAUGAUUUUAUUAAUGUAAAUAUGGCAUCCUCUGUAUCAGAAUCCUAGGACAUCACAUCAGCAGAAAACGCCUUCCCCUGAAAGAGACAGGGAAAUCUCAGCAUGCAAAGACAUGGCAGAUAUCAAUCAGUGCUGGCGAGUGCUGCACUGUGGUUAUCACGAGCUUGGAUCUAAAAGAGGAGGUGGUAACCCUACUUCCCUGGUGUUCAUUCGGGUGGCCUGGCUUGCUGUUCUGUUAAGGAAACUCACUGCGACGGGAGACUCUGACUUGGCUGUUUUGUUUCCUCGUGCACCACCAGAAGCAACUUUGUCCCUUCCUUUACGUACUUGUGUUGGGCCUUCCAUCUGUGUCAUGGGCACAUCUGAUUCGCAGCCAUCUUGGAAUUGUCUUUGCCUGAAGGAAAAUGCACCUUAUAUCCCUAACUCUGCAGGGAAAGAGGCAGGAUGCAAACAUAAAUCUGUAAUCCCAUUUUCUUUCUACCUGUUCAGAAUGACCAGUGACCCCACAGAUGUCACUCUGGAUUUGUUGGUGGCUCCCAACCUACAGAAGUUCCUUCCCUCCUUUGGCAGGUCCAGAGACUUGGAAUCUGUGGUAGGACUUUGAACAGAGUGACACCUCUUCUUCAUGAGAUUCAGGUGUGCUCGCAACUCUGCUGUUGCUGCCCACUGAAUAUACAUGUACAGUGGCCAGCAAAGGUCAAUGAUAGAACUCUAGAACAUUCCAGAAUGGUGAAUUAUGAACCUGUGACACUUGGUGUGGUUGUGUGCUAUGGGAUUCCCAUGCUGUCUCCUGAAAUUUUAGGUGAGUUUGGUGGAAAAUUUGGGGAGGAAUUUUCUCUUCCAAUUCCUUCUACCUGAAAGUGCUAAUUAUUUUUUGUAGCUAGGACGUUACUGUGAGGUGGUAUUUUCUCUGACUUUGAUAACUCCCAGGAAACACCUUGGAAAGAAAACAUCUUUAAAUAUGAGAGCCACAGAUUUUAAAUCAGUGGACUUCUAAAAUGUGCAAUCUGCGGUGAAGUUUGCCAAAAGUUUUGUGACAGCCCUGUAAUACCACAUGAAUCCAUUAUGGGAAGAACAUGGCUGGUUCUCUCUCUUCCUGCCUGUCCUCCUUCCCCUCCUGUCCCCUCCUCUCCUUCCCCUUCCUCUCUUCUUUCCUCUUUUCUCAUUUCUUUUAUCUUCUGAGGUGUUGGGAAUGGAA